AUGCAAACCUUGUUCAAGGCUCUUCAUGCAUUGGUUCCUACUCUACCUGCUAAGACUGAUAAGUCUACAAUAGUUUAUGAAGCAGUGAACCACAUCCUAAAGCUGCAGAAUACUUUCAAAAAACUUGAAAGUCAAAAGCAAGAAAGGCUAGAAGAAUAUAUCAUAAGGUUGAUGGAUUCACAACAAGUUGGUAAUAGUUGGGAGAAGGAUGUGAGUGAUCAAGGAUCAAUAUGUAAUUCAACAGCUAUUACACCAACUAAUCCUGGUGCUAGUCCCCUUAUUCCAACAGCUUCUUUUAUAUGGAGUUCACCAAAUGAGAUACUAAAUGCUAAAGGUGGAAGUGGCAUAUCUCAAUUAUCGAAUGUCUUUACAGUGGAAAAAAGGUUUAAGCAAGCUGUAAUUGAGAUAAUGUCCUUGACAACCCCCAAAUAA